AUGAUGCGCGCCGCCUUCCGUCGCGCUGGACGGGCGAUACGACCCUCGCCGACAGCAACUCCUCGACUCGCCGUCCCCUCUUGCUCCUGCGGCUUCCGAACGCUGGCAGCCAAGCAGGCGCAGACCAUCGACGUCCAGCCGCUUCCCACGCCUACGGACAAGCAGCUCCACCAAGCUUUCGACACCCCUUCCUCCUCGUACACUGCGUCUCCCUCUUCCGUCGCUCCGACCGGCCUCUUCGGCCAGCCUGCCCUUACCAGUCCGGAUGACUUCCCCAGCCUCGCACACCGAACGACCCUGCGCGCCAAGAUCCUCGUCAACCGCAUCUGUCGGCCAGCUCGUCCCCCUCAAUCCCUCGAAGAAGCCGAAGGAGCGUUUCUCGACAUGGUCAAGAACCUCGACCGGCUCAGCGAUCUCCUUUGCGGCGUGAUUGACUUGGCGGAGCUUGUGCGGAACGUUCAUCCGGAUCCGAGAUGGGUCGAAGGCGCGAAUGAGGCGUACGAGCAGUUGUGCGAGUACAUGAAUGAGCUAAAUACGCACGUCGGGCUCUACCAGGGCCUGAAAACGCUGCAUUCGAUGCUCCCGCCUGAGACUCCCACGAAAUCGCCCGCUCUUUUCGCCGCCUACGCCGUCGCCACACCCUUCAUCCGAGAUUUUGAAAAGUCUGGCAUCCACCUUCCCUCGGAACAACGAGCCGAAUUCGUCAGCCUCUCGACAGCCAUCCUACAACUCGGCCGGCGGUUCCUCCAGAACGCGGCAGAACCCGAAGGUGAGGACCUCGUCAAGGUUAGCCGCAAGUCUCUCGACGCCGCCUUCGGUCCCGCGCUCGCCCAGCGACUAGCGGGAGACCUGCCCGACAGCCAGCAGGACGUCUUGAUUGACCCGCUGAGCUGGGAAGGCCGGAUCAUUGCGCGACAUCACCCUUCCGCCUCUAUCCGUCGCGAUCUCUACGUCGCCUCGCAUUCGUCAUCCCCUUCGCAUGUCGAGACGCUCGAGGACCUCCUUCUCGCGCGAGGGAAACUCGCUCGCCUCGUCGGCCGGACGAGCUGGGCUGAUGUCGCUCUCGAGGACAAGAUGGCUCAGACGCCUGAAGCGGUCAUGGGCUUCCUUGACGCGCUCGAGAAGCACAACCGACCUUUGGCGCAGAAGGACCUCGAGGUCUUGCGACGAGCCAAGGCGGCGCAUCUCGCCAAGACGGGAACGGGCGGUGGACGAGGCAAGGAGGAUGCGCGGGUGAUCGAGGCGUGGGACCGCGACUUCUAUACCGACCUGUCGGCCGCAGCGAACGGCACAGCGAACGCCCUUCCCGACAUCUCGCCCUUCUUCUCCGUCGGCGCCGUCUUUGCCGGCCUCUCGCGCUUCUUCACCGCGCUUUACGGUAUCCGCUUCGAGGUUGAGGACGUGCGGGAAGGCGAGGUGUGGGCAAAGGGCGUGCGGAAGCUGCGUGUCAUCGACGAGGACGAGGGAAUGAUCGGGACCAUCUAUUGCGACCUCUUCUCGCGGCAGGGCAAGGCGCCUGGCGCGGCGCACUACACGGUCCGCUGCUCGCGGCGAGUGGACGACGACGACGUUGAGGGCGACUUUGAAGGACGCAGCUAUGCCGAGGUCGACGGUGUCCGGCUCGAGCGGGACCAACUCGAAGGACUCGUCGUCGAACCGGUCGAGUGGAAAGGUCGACCAGGCAAGCACCAGGAACCGAUUGUCGUGCUCGUGUGCGCCUUUGGCUCGUCAGACGCGUCGGGUCGGCCGGCUUUCUUGCAGUGGCACGAGGUCGAGACGCUCCAUCACGAGAUGGGCCACGCCAUCCACUCCAUGAUUGGCCGUAAUGAGUACCACAACGUCGCCGGAACCCGCUGCGCGACCGACUUUGUCGAAUUCCCCUCGGUCCUCAUGGAGCACUUUGUUUCCUCUCCCGCCGUCAUCGCUCUCUCCGCCAAGCACUACAACACCGGUCACCCUCUCCCUACCGAGAUCUUCGAGACGUUGCUCAAGGAGCGCUCGCGCUUCUCGGCUCUCGAGACGUCGUCACAGAUCAUGAUGGCUGCGCUCGACCAAUCCUACCACUCGUCGGCGGUGGCCGACUCUGCCACGUCCGGCUUGACUUUCGACUCUACAGCGGCUCUCGCCGAGGUGCAGGACCGGUACCAUGUCAUCCCGUACGCAGAUGGCUCGACCUGGCAGACCCAAUUCGGCCACCUCUUCGGCUACGGCGCGACCUACUACUCGUACCUCUUCGACCGCGCCAUCGCUGCACACGUCUUCUCUGUCAAGUUUGCGGAGAACCCGCUCAGCCGCGAGCGAGGGGAGGAGCUGAAGCAGGGAGUCUUGCGAUGGGGCGGAGGAAAGGACCCCUGGGAGAUGAUUGGCGGUCUCGUCGGCAGCGAGAAGGUUGCGAAGGGUGGACGGGCAGCGAUGGAGGAGGUAGGGAAGUGGGGCAUUUUGGAAGGAUAA